CGGAACACGCAUCCGGUUGUCGCGUGAUCUCGCCCGUCCCGUCCGCCCACCCGCGCCCCCGUGCAGGCCGAAUCGUCGUCGUCGUCGUCGUCGUCGUCACCGUCGCCGCGUCUGUCAAAAUCGGCUCGGAGUGUCGCUCGCGCGCGGUGACGGUCAGUCGGUGAGGUGACGGCGGAUCUCGCGGCGCAGAUAGGAUGUGAAAAGUCGGGAGGACGGGGGAAAGGGAGAGUCGCGCGCGUCGUCGAGGGGACAGGAGGCAACGACACGAGGCGUUCGGUGGGAAAGGAAAAAAAAAGGGAACAAAAAGAGAAGAUCGGCGAAUUAACCGAAGGAUGCGUUCGCGCUCGGGCCGCGCAACCACCACGGCGACCGGCGUUCAUUCGUUUCACUCGCGAUAACGACUAGGUGCUGGAGGUGGUGGUGUAACGAGGAGGAGGAGGAGGAAGCGGGAGAGUGACACGAGGAGUAGCAACGCCGGAGGGAAGACCAACAGCGUCUUCGUCGUCGCCGUCGUCCUCGUCAUCGUCGUCGUCAUCGCGCAGGCAGCAAUGGCCGCCACCGUCGACGGGUUCGGGCUCGAGGAGCUCAGGACCGAGAUCGAGCGUCUGUCGCGCGAGCUCGACUUGGCCUCCACCGAGAAGAUACAGUCGGCGCAGUACGGGCUCGCGUUGCUCGAGGAGAAGUCGGCCCUGCAGCAGCGGUGCAACGACCUCGAGGCGCUCUACGAGAACACGAAGCACGAGCUGGAGAUCACGCAGGAGGCGCUAGCAAAGUUCCAGACAACUACGAAAAUAACGGCGAAGAGCGGCAUCGAGCAAGAGGAGAGUCUCCUUAACGAGAGCGCCGCUCGGGAAACGUCUUUGCAAACGCAGAUCAUCGAAUUGGAAAACGAAACGAAACAGUUGCGACAUGAAUUGGAACGGGUGGAGGCAGAGCGCGAUCACGCGCUGCAGGAGCGCGAGGAGGUCGGCAAGGAUCAUCAGCAGGCGGAGACGGAGCGCAAGUCGUUGCGCACGGAACUGCGGGAGUGCAGGUUUCGCGAGGCGCGCCUGCUUCAGGACUACUCCGAGCUGGAGGACGAGAACAUCUCGUUGCAGAAGCAGGUGUCCAGUCUGCGGUCCAGUCAGGUGGAGUUCGAGGGUGCCAAACACGAGAUACGACGGCUCACGGAGGAGGUGGAACUGCUCAACAGCCAGGUGGAGGAGCUGACGAAUCUGAAGAAGAUAGCGGAGAAGCAGAUGGAGGAGGCGUUGGAGUCGCUGCAGGCCGAGCGCGAGGCCAAGUACGCGCUGAAGAAGGAACUGGAUCAGCGGAUCAACAGCGAGUCGAUCUACAAUCUUAGCAAUCUCGCGCUCUCCAUCCGCGGCAUCACCGAGGAUCAGACGAUAUGCAGCGACGGCGAGGACGACUCGCCCGCGCUGCGUAGAAUCGAGGCGGACCUGAAGACGCAGGAGCCGGGCACGUCCGCGACCGACAAGCAGGUCGAUCUGUUCUCCGAGAUUCAUCUGAACGAACUGAAGAAGCUGGAGAAGCAGCUCGAGCUCGCGGAGACCGAGAAGGCCCAUCUGACGCAAAAUCUGCGCGAGUCGCAGUACGCGGUCGAGAAGAGCCAGACGGAAUUGCAAUCGUUCGUUGCGCGAAUAGUGCAGCUGGCAGCGCAUGUGCAAUCGCUACAUCAUCUUCACUCGAAGUUGCCGGAGAAGCAGAGCGAGGAGACGACGUUAGAUAAACUUAAUCAGGCCGUUGUGCAAUAUCACCAAUGGAGCACCAUGUCCGCUCGCGAGAUUAAUCAAUUGCAGAAAGAUCUGUCCGAAUUGGAGAACGGCUUAACCGUGUCCGACUCCACGCAGCAGCUAAGAACGGAGCUGACAAAUCUGAGGAACAAGAUACCCGAGUCAGAGAAGAGCCUUCGAGAAAAGCUCUUGGACACGGAACAGAGGAGCAUGCAACUCGAGUCGGACGUCUCCAUUCUGUCGAAACUCACCGCUGACGCGGGCGGCUUCCUCGAUUCCGCUCAGAACGAUCUGCAGAAUCUCUCCGACGAGCUCGCGCAGCUCUACCACCACGUGUGCACCGUCAACGGCGAGACGCCCUCGCGGGUGGUGCUGGACCACGAGAAGUCCGAGAUCGUGCCCGAGAAGGAGGAGGAGAACGGCAAGAUGGACUGGUGCCGGACUCUGUUCAAGACCGACAUCCAGAUCAAGGAUCUGGAGAGCCUCAGCAAGGCGAAGGAGAUCGCGAAACACAUAGAGACCGCGAUGGACCAAAUAAAGCAUCUCCGAAACGCCGUGGAGCACACGAUCGAACUGUCGAAAGUCAAGGGAAUGCAGUCCAAUAUCUGCAACGUUUGCGAGGCCUCUGUCAAUGAGAACAAGGCGGACGUAACGGAUCUCCAGGAGCAGGUUAUCAGACUAAAGGCCUUGCUGUCCGCCAAGCGGGAACAGAUCGCCACGUUGAGGACGGUGCUUAAAUCAAACAAGAACACGGCGGAAGUAGCGUUAACGAAUUUGAAGAGCAAGUACGAGAACGAGAAGAGUAUCGUCAACGAGACGAUGCUCAAGCUGAGGAAUGAGCUUAGAAUGUUGAAGGAAAACGCCGCGACAUUCUCGAGUCUGCGUGCAAUGUUCGCUGCACGUUGCGAGGAGUACGUGACGCAAGUGGACGAGCUUCAGCGGCAGCUCACCGUGGCGGAGGACGACCGGAAGACGCUGAAUCAGCUGCUGCGCCUGGCGGUGCAGCAGAAGCUCGGUCUCACCAUGAAGCUGGAGGAGCUCGAGGUCGACCGGGAGCUGCGCAACACCAGGAGGCACGCCGCCGGCGCGAACGGGCGCGGUAGGCCGCGGCUGUCGCAACAGACGAACCGUCCCCACUUAGGCAGAGAUUUCUUCUAGAAAAUGAUGAAGAUGUGGAGUAAAAUAUUCUGAGAGAAGCGAGGAUUUUGAGAACCUUUUCGAAUUUUUCUACUGCUCGUUGCGCCAGGCCCGUUUCGCGAGGUCUGGAAGACUCUAGUGAGUAUAACAAUUGACUUCUUCGUUAGAGAGAAAGAGAGAGAGAGGAGGGAGAGGCAGAGAGAACGUCCGCAGUCUCGUUAUCCGUAUAAUAACCGUUUCGUCGCGUUGAAUUCCGCGAGGCGUAUUUUUACAAUGGAAUGAACGGGGCACGCGUGCGUGCUUGAGAAAAAUAGAACGGAGAAAAAGAGAGGGGAAAAAAGAGAGAAGGAAAACGACGACGCCGUCCUCACUGAUACGGGGGAGAAUCGCGCUCGGUGAACGGGGGGAGUUAAGGGCUGCGUUUUGAAGGCUUUCGAAAUGUUCAGUUUCACACACCCCAUGGAUUUUGCUCCAUAUCAUAGAGUCUCUUCAGGGAGCUCUGCCUUGUGUUACCACUAUUGUUAGUAGAGGAAUUUAGGAAUUACGAAGGAUGUGUAGGACGAUUACACGCACUUUCGUUGAACGGCGCACUCCGUAGCGGAGUGCGCCACCGCCACGUGGGCGUUUAACGCGAAUCACACAUACGUUUCGCGACGACGCGCGUUAGCACGUGUCAAAAAAAACUGUUAAGUGCAUUAAAUCAACGCGAUCGUUCCACUGGACUACGUUCUCGGUUCGUUUUUGUUGUACGGAGGGAUAACUCUUCUCUCUACAUUUUCAGACGUCUACUCGUCGAGCCGUAUUACCGCUUCUCAGCGCUUAUUUUAGCACGCUUAAUUUAUUAACGCUUUAUGUAUUCUGAAACGAUUCAAGGGACUUUUCCGUUGAUGAUCCGUAAAUUGUAGCAUAAUAAUCGUCUCCGUAGCAAGAAGCGUACGUUAGAAGGGGGAGACGCACGAAAACGUUUGUAGGUAGAUAGCGGAAGAACGGGGGAAUUUUACAUCGCGUACCAAUAGAGACAAUAUUAAGUAUCGCGCGUGACCGGUAGCAUUUAUAAUCAAAGUAGCGAGAUGGAAUGUCGUAGGCAAGUAGAGACUUGAAAAUUUUUAACGGUAGCCGAAUAAAGUACACGAUAUAGGGACCCAUCUUCCAAGUAGUGUCAACCACGUUCAGGUCACCCGCCACCCGGACUGUGGGAUCCCACAGUCCACCCAUGCUCACUUGUUUUAUUUCAACGAUCUCCCUUCACCCGCAGUAAACCCUUUGAGAAACCGUUUUUCGAUCCUUACGCGUUGUCGAGUCGCAGGAAUAUUUCAGUAUACGCUAAAUGGAACGAUUCGUUGUCUCCGUGUCUCGAAGAGAGAUAAUAAUAUUGUAGAGAAACAUUAUACUCAAGAGAUGUAUAAUAAGAAUGCAUGAAGAAUGUCAUUUGUUUCGAGGGGCGUCAUAUAGAGAGAAAUUUUAUAAAUUUUAGACUUAGAUUGUAAUUCUAGGCAGCGUAUUUUUCUCUUCGAGCCGCGGAGUAGCGGUUGCUCCAAUUCCAACGUAUCCAACGCUUAUUUCUCAACGUCGAAAGAUCGUUGUACGCUUUCUCUAACGUUGUUAACCGUGUGCAAUUCGCAACUCGCACGACAAUCACGUUCUUUCGUUCGCGAUUUUGUUGUUAGGAACGGCCUAAAGCGGGCUCUAGAUCACUUUUUUACGUUGACUUCUUGGCAGCUUGUUGAACCUACACCUAUUGUUCAUUAGAAGUUGACUAUUAUAUUGAAUUACUGUAAUUAGAUUGCAGCUACUCGAUGCGCAGGUUUUAUCACUUGUUAAGUUAUGUUUAUUUAUAUUUUUAUGUAUAUGUUUUUUUUUUUAAUUAUUUGUGACAAGGCGCUUUUCGGCAACAGGCAGUUUUAACACUCGACGCAUAAUCCCAUCGCCGAUCUUUACGUACGGCGGGGGUUACACGAAAAAGGCUUGUUUGUUUCAACAAAGGGGCGCGCACGACGAGAGAGCUCUGAUUACAAGUUUCAUUGAUUACCGCUAUCUUGUACUUUUCGUAGGAGUGUAAUUAUAUCGUGAUAAGUGUGCUCAGUGCAACUCGCAGGAUGCUCUUUUACCUUGAUACGUUCUGCAGAUACGUCGCGCACCUCGCGCUCACGUAUUAUCCCUCUAGUGAUAUAUAUAUGUAUAUAUGAUUGCAAAGCGAAUCAUUCCAAUUUAAAACAAUCGAUUGUGUAACUCGUUUGAUUACGAAAUUUCGGAGAAGUACCGACCGUGUUAGUAUUUUAACGAAUAUUGUUAUAUCAUUGUAUAUCAUAUUGCGGUGUGCACGCGAUUCAAAAAGAGAAAACGUAAUAAGAGCGUCCUGCGAAAAUAAAUUUGUACAUGUCUACAACAUGUAAAUGAUGUCGUGAAUUGUCAGUCAAUCAAAUUUGUUAUCGCGCCUAUUACUAUUAUCAUUGCUAAUUAUUAUCGAUAUUAUUGCUACAAUUGUAUAUUUAUUAUUGUAACUAUCUGCCUGUCGGCUUCGUCGCGGUGAGACAAAUUACCUAAAGAGAAUUUAUCGAUCGUUCAUCGACUAUCAAUCGAUUGAUCAGUUGUCGCUAUUAUAAUUAUUAAAUUAUAUUUAUAUCUUGUAAUUAUCACGUCACCUGUGUCUACGACGCGUGUCGCGAAUGAAGACACUACUUCCCGUUUUAUACAAUUCGUCCGUCGAUCAUAUUUUAUUUCGGAAUAAAGCCCCUUUUUUCUCAGAUUUUUAUUUUAUUCACUAUUUAUUUCCUUUUUUUGCGUUUCUUCUUCGAACGGUGUACACGUUCGGUGUAAUAUUAUUUUAGUUUACUUUAGUAAGAGUCACUUGCACUAAUUGUUAACUAACUUGCAAUAACUUGCAAUAACUCGAUUAACGGUCCUUACCUCUCUUUCUAGAUUUUAAAGUUAAUUGUAAUAGCCUAGAUAAGAGGAGAUGAGAAACUCCGUUUAAUUACUCUGAUCAGUAUCGGUGCAAUCGGCUCUGGAUAGUUAAUUUUAUCUGUUGAUUCUAAUUCCUAAAGUAUAUUAUAAUCUUCGAAGGUAAAAAGCGAAGUGGGAAUUCUGCGAGAUUCGUACACACAUUUAGGCGCUAGACACAGGUCGGGCUAAUUUGUGUCCACAAACCGAGCCAGUCUCAGACCACCGUCCCUUCCCUUCACGCCUCGCACCACCGUCGGGAACGAGCCGGGCAAAAAAAAAAGAAAAAAAAGGUCCUUCCGUUUCUCGAGAAGCUGUCCUCACUAUUUUUCACGAGAAAUUUCGUCCUCGAACUCUUACCUAGCCGUCCGCGCUGCUCCACGCGACUGGAGAGACAUUAGCGUCCGAGAGAUUGGAUAAAUCUGUAUUGUAAUUUACAAAAGACAAUUGUAAUUCGGGAAUUGUGCAUAAUUGUCGAUACUUAAUAGCUGUGUUGAAUUAAAUGAUACUCCGAUAGAUUCUUUAGAAACAGUAAAAUCGUUCCACUGAUAAGAUAAUCCUAUGCGAUUUCUGUAGUUGAAACUGCGAUAUAGAACUUUUUUCCUUCUUGUUGAUUAAUGUUUGAAAAGAUGUUUGAAAAUACGAUAAUGAGGCACAAUUUCCGAAGUCGACAAAAAUUGACGAAUUGAAUGGCGUCCAGUCGUGGAAGCGCACACCUUCGAUAACUUUUGCCAAAAAAAAAACAAUUCUGUCCUUUCGAGAGACCGACACGGAGUCUUUCUGUACAUUUACGUCCUUCACAAAGUUCCUUCACGUCGUGAAAAGGUUGCGUAUCGGCGUCGUGAAUUUCUAUCUCACCGGUGAUUAUCCCGAAUCCUCUUUCAGAAAAGGAAUUCUUACCUCUUUCACUUCGUGUACCAUAAUUAUCGGCGUUUUAUUUUAAUAAUCCAUAUUAACGAUUUUUUAUUCACCCGCUUGAUCUGCAUUCUUUUAAAUCGGUAUUUUCUGAAAAGGAUGACCAAGGAGUACGCAACCGAAUUAUUCAUCAAGUUCAUGUUUAAGAUUAUUAGAAAGAGAGAGAAAGAGAAAAGAAAAAAGAAGAGCGAGUUUGAGACAGACAAAUACCUAUUAGAGAGAAGAUUAAGAAGAGGGUACAUCGUGAACAAUAAUAUCAGGAUCUGUCCGCCGAGGAUUGGUAAACGGGGAUCGGGGAUGGCGGACAGAUUUGCUCAAGGCUUCCACAAAAGCUCUCAUUGCGUCCCGCCCGGUGAGCUUCCUGACGGUGGUGCGUUUAGAUCACGUGAGACUAGAAGUAUAAAAGAGAGAGAGAGAGAGAGAGAGAAUUAAGAAUGGGAUUCUCGAGUGAGAAGUCCGAUUAGCUGUAACGGCGUAGGCUAAGAAGUUAACUGACUGCGUAAUGUGUGCUGGACUUAUUAUCUCUAAAAGAGAAUUCGAGAAGGAACUCUCGAUAUAAUGACGCGUGUGUGAAACGUCCCGGGCUGCGGGACGUCGUCGGGAUGGCUGCGCCGCAAUCGGGUCCAUGUUGCAUUUACGCGAGAUAUUUUUGCACCUUGUCAUUCGGAGAGAUUAUUUUCUAGCAAUAAUUUUGAUACGCGAACUGGACGACGAUGGUAUUAAUUCUGCGAUAUACAUUCCGUUAUUUUUUUACCGUAGCCAGCUAUUUCUAAAAGAGAUCAUCAUUGUUAAUAUAAGGACACUAAUGUGGCACUACAAAUUGAUUAAAUCUCGUUAAAAGUUUGUACCGAUUGUUUUAAUGCCUUAUGACUAACUCGCGGUAUAAAAUAUUAAUUGCAUUCUAAUAUAGGACACACAUUUAGCUCAAUUAAUUUCAUAUUCCACGGAAGAUAAGUUGCGAUUGCUAACAUGAAUUGUAACAUUUACAUGGAUUUAUGUAAUAAUUGUUUGACUUAAUGUACAGAUUUCGUGUUGAAUAAUUGUACUUGACCAAAGCGGAGGGGCGGAUUGGAGGGGUGAAUUAUUUGCACUCCGUUCUCGAUUGUAAAGACAAACGAAAGAUCCUCGUAGCGAAAACUUGCGAGCAUGGACCCAGAGAAUAUUGUACAUACUGUAAAUGCACUCUCUAGCGUUACGGCAUUAUAACAAUGCAUUGUCUAAAAAAGAAAAAAAAAAGAAACGUACCAACGUCGCGGAGAUUAGCACGAACGAUUUAUACAUACACAUACAAAUAUUAUACGAACGUCAACGAGCGUAAUUAUAUUUUCUCCGUAGCUACGAUAUAGAUAUAUCGUUAAACGUUAACGUAGGAAAUGAAGACCCGGAGACACCCAGCCGACACGUUUAUAGCAAACCUCGUGAUUUUUUCUCCCGCGUUUAUUCGAGAAUUAAUCGGUGCAGGGAUUUGCCCAGUCAUUUUAAAUUAACUCGGAGCUAUAGUUGUUAAGUAGAUGUUCAGUGAUUAUUAUUUGCAAGAAUACAUUUAAAGAGAACGGAACGGAGAAGGAGGCAGAGAGGAAGAGAAGAGGACGAGAUGCGUAUUGCAAGCCACACUCGUGGUACCUGGAGUUGACGUUAUUAAACGACGGUACACUAUACGUAGUAGAGAUUCUUUUUGUAACAUAAAGUGAAAUAUAAUCAUUUGUAACAGGA